GCGCUACUGCCUGUGCAACCCCGGGGUGUUCACCUGCACAGACACGUGCUACGUGCUGUCGUUCGCGGUGAUCAUGCUGAACACGAGCCUGCACAACCCCAACGUGCGCGACAAGCCCUCGGCCGAGCGCUUCGUGGCCAUGAACCGCGGCAUCAACGACGGCGGCGACCUGCCCGAGGAGCUGCUCAGGAACCUGUACGAGAGCAUCCGCUCUGAGCCCUUCAAGAUCCCCGAGGACGACGGCAACGACCUCACGCACACCUUCUUCAACCCCGACCGCGAGGGCUGGCUGCUCAAGCUGGGCGGGCGGGUGAAGACGUGGAAGCGCCGCUGGUUCAUCCUGACCGACAACUGCCUCUACUACUUCGAGUACACCACGGACAAGGAGCCGCGGGGGAUCAUCCCCCUGGAGAACCUGAGCAUCCGCGAGGUCGAGGAUCCGCGCAAACCG